UUGUUUGUUUUUCAUAUUAAAUUCACAAUUCACAAUGUUUUCAAAUAAAUUAUUUCAAAUUUUAUUCAUUGUUCUAAUCACAAUAUGUGGUCAAUCGUUUGGUCAACAGCAUUCAGUACCACCUGGAAUGACAUUAAUACGAAAUAAACAUGCAUAUAUGGCUGACAAAGGUCAAAUGAGUUCAUUCAUACAAGAUUGCAUCUAUAAACCUCAUUCACUAAAUACACGACCAUCAAGUCAAAGUAUGGAAACAUUAAUCGAUUAUAUUGAACGUCUGGAAGAUUGGCUAUCCAAUACUACCGAUACGAUUCUAUCAAAAUUUAAAAAUCCCGAAGAUGUUGCUCGAUUAAUUUUGCAAAGAUUUCAUCUGGACGAUAUUGAUUUCAAUGAAUUAGAAUUCACUUCGGUUGUUCAAAAACGUUUAGAAAUUGAUACGAAAAUUCUUGGUCUAAGUACACUAGUGGAAACGGAUUACUAUUUUCCCGACUCAAUAUAUAGCGAACAAGAACUGUGUACAAUGCUAAACAUGUUUUCACAUUUUUUUCUUAACACUACCGAUCGAAUGAUGAACAAUCGUUAUCGAAGAGGUGUUUAUGUUUUUGAUCAACCAUAUGACAACAGCAAUAGCAGAGCAGGAACCGUAGGAAAUUUUGCUAACGCUCAAUAUCCUAUCAAGGAAAAAGGUGUUGUAACAUUUCGACAAAAUAGUCUUGAAGCUAUUGCACCAUCAAAAGUGUUGAUCGGUAUUGUGUCUGGUCUAACAAAAAAUCCGCUUACCGAUGGUGUUAAAAUCGCCCAUGGAUUUAAAGAACAAGUUUCAUUCAAAGAUCCUUUCCUUGCAACAACAUUAGCCAAUAUGCCCGGUACAGCCGUAUUUUACGAAUCGACCAAUAAUGAUAGAUUUAAUGAAAAACUUAUUUAUGGUGUUACCGGUGAAUGGAUUGAUGAACCCUGUUGUAAUCAUUAUGCUAUCAAGGAUUCAAUUUCUUCAAUCAUUAAAUUACGAUUCUCUAAUCGUGGUUCAUUAGCUCAAAUUCGUGGUGCACUUGAUGGCUAUAUUAUUGGAAAACAUUUACGAAAAUUUGAUUCAACCAAUACGAGAUUAAGUAACAUACUUCGAUCUUAUUAUUCGGUUCCUCAUUCAAGAAGUGGUAAAAAUCAAGAUCUUGGCGUAAGCUAUUGUGAUCGUAGUGUUGAAAAACCACCACAGAGUGAUCUAAACAAUGAAAUCGAUACUUAUGCCAGGAUUUAUCGAUUUUUGCAAGACAUGGAAGGAAUGAAUCCUAGAACAAAUUCAUUCUCUUCCAUUUUGGAUAGAGCAUCACAAACACAAACCGAUAUUUGCCGUACAAGACCCACUACUUUGGAUCAAAAUGCACCAUGCGAAACGCCAUCGGAUUUAAUUUUCGUUCUUGAUCCUAAACAAGAAAAUCUGAAUAAAACUGCACAAAUUGUUGAUGAUAUCAUCUCGAAAGUGAAUAAAAUUGGCAGAUACGCUGGAACAAUUUCCGUUUUUGUUAAUUCGAAUAGCAACAAAAAUAUGGUUCAAAUGCCAAAUGGUCCUGGUGGUUGGCCACUAGCUGCUUUGAUUUUCAAUUCUACCAAUAUUGGAUCUGUAUCCUGUGCCUUUCAACAAGAUAAUUUAAUGUUUUCGGCACAAAGUAAUUUUGGAAAAUUCUUCAAAGAAUUGAAUCAGACCAUUUCAAAUUAUAGAUAUUGGAAUGGAAAACGAAAAUCAUUGAAUGAUAUGGCAUCGAUCAAUGUUAUAAUCGUUGAUUAUGAUACACUAAAAAUGCCCACCGAUUCAAAAGAUUUGGAUGACUAUAAUUGGUAUAAAGAAUCGCUUAAAGAGGAUAAUCAAGAUGUCCGAUAUUUGAUCAUUUCAAAUGAUCAGAAAAAUUUUGUCGAUAUUCUACCCGAUAAAAGCAAAGAUAUAGUGGGCACAACACAAACACAAGUUGGAACAAAUUUUGAGAAAAAAAUUUGUGAAAAUCCAGCACAAAUUAUCUAUGAAAAAUGUUAUGAAAAACCAUCACAAAACUCUGUGAUGACAAGACAUGUCAGUCCCGGUUUCAAACAACAAUGGGCAAUGUAUCCCGAGUAUUUUCUCAAAAGUUAUGGCAUUGAAUUCAAGGUUCGCGCUGUUGAUGGUUCAAUCAAAUAUUGUUUUGAUCGUGAAUUUCCACCUCGUGAACGUGCAGAAUAUUGUAAAGAAAUUGCAGCCGGAUCAGAAGAAACGAUUGAAUGGAGUAAUCCAUGCGAAGAUCAUAGCGUACGUUCUUGUAGUCCAUUUUAUUUCACUAUUUGGGGCAAAGAACGAACAUCAUCGAUGCCAUGUAAAGAAAUUGCCUGCCAAUCACUGGAUCAAAUAAAAUUUCAAAUUACACAUACCGGUAUUUCAUGUAGUUCAUCAAUGAAAUUGGUUUCUAUGUUUUUCCUACAAAUUGCCUGCCUUAUUUUUGUCUAUCAAAGAUUCAGUAAUUUUUUCUAAUUUCAAUUUCUACAAACAAACCACCAGUCCAAAACACACAUUCCCUUGAUAAUUCAUUUUUUAAAAAAUCUCAUUUUUUCUCAUAUAAAUAAAUGAUACAUUUGAUUUUUA